AUGGAAAGAUUUACUGGGGACGAUAAUUCUUUGAGGAAAGCGAGUGAUCUGUACGAAACGAUGGAGGAUUUAGAGGAAAAGUGGAAGGAAUUGAGACUACUAGAGGAGGAGAAAAUGGCAAUUGAGAUUUAUGAUGAAGUGCAGAGGGAGUUGUCUGGUCGGGAAGACCUUGGUUGUUUUGAUAACCAGCUAUUGGUUCUGAAGGAAUUUGAUGGGCAUACUCCUUUGAAACAAGUAGAGUUUGUCUUAGAGAGUUUUUGGGUGAGACUGCAUAAUUUGCCAUUAUCCUGUAUGAUAGAAAGACGAGGUGAACAGAUAGGAUACACGGUGGGAAGGGUGGAGAAGGUAGAUGUGCAAGAAGAUGGGAGUGGGUGGGGGAGUUACUUGAGAGUCCAAAUCCACAUGGAUCUCACACAACCACUGGCUAGAGGUAGAACUCUGACAGUAAAAGGGAAAAAUAUAUGGGUUCCAUUUCGUUAUGAAAAAAUGGCUAGAAUAUGUUUUACUUGUAGGUGUAUUGAAUAUGGGACUUUUGGAUGUAAAGAAGGGGGAAUUUCAUAG